ACACAACAGUCGCUAAAACACGCUAUACGAGCAAAAAACUGCUAAGUAAGAAUGCCAAAUAAUAAAUGCGUGGUUGAUAAAUAUGUUUUACGUUAUUAUACCAACGAAAUGUUUUAUUUUUGAAGACGAUGAAUUGAAUUGGAUUAAAAAGAUGGAAAAGUUAGAUUCAAUAAUGGAGGAUAAAAAGUCGGCGGGAGAUGCUAAAAUGACUACUGGAACGAACGAUUUCGGAAUUCAAUUACAAUGUGAACCAAAACCAACAUCGGUUCAUGAAUUACGACCACAAGAUGUCGACGUAGUCGGAGCUAUGGGCGAUUCUAUUACUGUAAGUUAUUUUGAAGAUGAUGUUUAAUCUCUGCUGUUGUUCCGUAAAGUGUGUGAACUUGCUCUAACUAUCUUACACAAAGUUACAUA